GAUCCGUUGUGCGGGGCUCGACUAGUCAGCCUGAAGCGGGUUCUGCAGACGAGCGGCUGGAAAAUAAGGAAAAGUGAAACGCAGGGCUAAACUUCUUUCUUUUGUUCCAGUGAACAGUUUUAGUUAUCGCUACAGGAAAGUGCACAUUAAUAAAACAUUUUAGAGGGAUAUUUUCAGGACGAACCAGCGUAAAUUUGUGUCGUUCACGUUUCCUUUUGGGGCCAUCUGCCUGGCUGGCUCGCACGGAGGUGUCUGGUAGCUAAGCUAGCUAACUGACAUUUUAGUUCUAACAGUCCCAUUGUAUUUUACAUUACUGAUGACAUCGCUCAGAGGUCAUUUCUGAAUAGUGAGCUAGUUAAGUCAUCUUACUUGUUCAUUCAGACAUAUGUGCUCAUACAGAGCUGUUCAAAUUAUGAACAAGCAUGUUUGCUUGCUGGCUACGUGUUUGGCGUGCAGGGGGUUGCUAACUCGCUAGUUUGGGAAUGUGCCUGUACGGGUAGAUCGGUUAUGAAUGGCCUUCGGGUAUCUGAAGGAAUACAUAGACAUGUGUUUACGGUGUCGAUAAUGAUUGCCAGUGAAGUGGAUAUAAAGUAGGAUACGGUUGGCUAGGUUAGAUGGCUAUGUUGUGUAUGUAAUACUAGCUGAUUAGCAGCCACCAUUUCGCUCUUCACUCUGUAAGCAAGAAGUACGAGACUGUGACACUAGUUAUCAAUACUUGGCUAUCUUAGGGAGGCACAAGCGAACUACAACCGUAUUUAGCGAGCUACCUAAACACAAAUCGUUGGCCAUAAACUAGCUGGCUAGCGAGCAUAAGACUGCGUGACAGAUAGCCAGGUAGCUCUGACAAAGCUGGGGCUGCUACUGGCAUUCUGGUUACCACCUGGAAUGAACUCGGAGUCCUGUGUCAGAAAUGGACCUGCAUUUUUACUCGGAGCUGUCCGACAGUACCGGACAGCACGGCGACCCGGAGUUCCUGGACCCUCAGCCGUUCAAUGGAUACGACUCGGUCAACAAGUUCCCCGGGGGAAGUGAGAACUACCUGACUAUCCCUGGGUCCAGCCAUCCCUUCCUGUCAUCCUCCGAGACGUUCCACACCCCCAGCCUGGGCGAUGAGGAGUUCGAAAUCCCGCCCAUCUCCCUGGACCCAGACUCCGCCCUCACCGUGUCGGACGUUGUGUCGCAUUUCGGGGAGCUGGGUGACGGAGGUCCCUCUGGGGGUGUCCCUGAGAGCGCGGUGGUGGGGGGGAACGACCCCUCCUUCGCCUCCCCCUUCGCCAGCACCCCGUCCCAGAGCCUGGAGCACCUGAGCCUGGGGGUGAUGAGCCAGUCGGGAGGGGGUGCUCUGCUGAGCUCCACGCUGGGCAUGGAUCUUGGUCACCCCAUUGGCUCUCAGUUCAGUAGCUCCUCCCCCAUGACCAUAGACGUCCCUCUGAGUGACAUGAAUCACAGCCUGCUGGGCCACAACCAGCUGACCACAAUCGACCAGUCAGAACUCAGCGAUCAGUUAGGGCUCAGCCUGGGAGGAGGGACCAUCCUGCCCCGCCCACAGUCUCCUGACCAUCCCCUGUCAGCCACACCUUCUCCGGGCGGGUCCCUACAGGAUGAAGACAUGGAUGACUUCAGACAGAAGAGCGUUCUGGUGGAGUCACCAGUCUCCCUGUCAGUGUCGCCGGCAGUCAUCUCGCUAAGCCCCUCCCUCUCUGACUCCGCCCCCGCGUCCUCCAGCACUCCUGUUGGGCAGGUGCGGAAGGGCGGGGGGGGGAAGAAGGGGAAGAAGAAGAAGGACCCUAACGAGCCGCAGAAGCCAGUCUCCGCCUACGCCCUGUUCUUCAGAGACACACAGGCCGCCAUCAAGGGCCAGAACCCCAGCGCCACCUUCGGGGAGGUGUCCAAGAUCGUAGCGUCCAUGUGGGACAGCCUGGGCGAGGAGCAGAAGCAGGUGUACAAGAGGAAGACUGAGGCAGCGAAGAAGGAGUAUCUGAAAGCGCUGGCAGCGUAUAAAGCCAAUCAGCUUUCUCAGCCCACAGUGGAGGUGAUGGACACAUCUCCCUCGCCACCCCCCCCAGCCCCUCCCCCCACCCCCCCGCGCCCCGCCCGAAUUCCCCACCAUGCUCCUGACCAGAACACCAUCACCAACAUCUGCACCUCCAAUAUCAUCCUGGACCUGCCGCAGGUGACCACACGCUCACGCACGGGGGCGCACAAGGCCCCCGUGGCCCCGCCCGCCCCUGCCCCCGCCCCCGCACCCAACCCCCCCACUGUCACUAAGAUCAUCAUCUCUAAGCAGAUGCUGGCGGGGGGGGCGCAGCUGCAGCAGAUCCCCACCUCUGUGGUGACGGUGAUUCCCGCCACGCGCGGCCUGCAGGCCACCGCCCCUGCCGCCCGCCAGCCCCCGCCCCUGCAGCAGAUGCAGAACACCCCCCCGCCCCCCCGCCUCCAGCAGAUGGUGCACUCCCCCGCCCCUCCCCCGCUCCAGGCCAAACCCCGUGGCGGGGGCGGGGCUGGCCCGGCUGUGUCCGUCACCACAGCUCCACCCCCUCCACUGCAAAUCAAGAUCGUCCCCGCACCCUUGGAGGCGGAGCUGGCCGCGCCAAUUAUUGUGACAUCACCAGCCGACGCGUCCGUCUCCGCUACCCCGUCAGAGGAGGUGCCCCAGCCUGCUGCCAUAGUUACGGCCUGCUCCCCCUCCACCGCCGAGGACGUGGCCGAGACCGAAGAGUUCCCCCCCGGAGAGAUGGAGGUGGAGCUGAAUGUGUCCCCAGGCCCUGAGGAGGCGGCCCCCCCCGGCCCCCCCGGCCCCCCCAGUCGCUGUAUCCGAGCCGGCUGCACCAACCCCCCUGUGGAGAGCAAGGACUGGGACAGAGAGUACUGCAGCAAUGAGUGUGUGGCCACCCACUGCAGGGAUGUCUUCAUGGCCUGGUGCUCAAUCCGUGCCCAGAACUCCGCCACUGUCACAUGAAGGGGGAGGAGAAGAGAGAGCCACUACAUCCCCACAUUUUAAAGCCUGAGCAGUUAGGAAUAUUGCCGAUGAUGGGAUCUCCUGGCCCGUUAUUGAUAUUAUUUUUAAAGGGAUCCUCUGGAUUAUUAUUGAUCAUAGGAAAUCUCCUUCAGAGUGUUUUGAGCUGUGGACUUUUGGAAUGUGAGAGG